AUGGCAUCGUCUGUGCCCGAAAACAUUGCAAUCCCUCCGAAAGAAAUAAAAGAUGUUAUUGAAAAGUCUAUUUUGUACAUUCAAAAGAAUGGCAAAACUUUUGAAGAAAGAUUGUUGAAGAAUAACAAGAACAAUCAGUUCAACUUUUUGAAACCAGAUGAUCAGUUUCACGAGUAUUAUUUGUGGGCUUUGAAAUCUCAUUCCGUCUCGCUUGGGCCUACUAUGGAGAAAGACGCCCAUUCAGAAACCUCCGCCAAUUUUGGAUCUGGUGAUAUCCCAAAGCCAAAGGAUUUGGAGUUUUUGAUAAAAGAUUUCCCCAGUAUAUGUGAAAGGGACUUACAAAUAAUUAAGAUGACGGCUAUGUAUAUUGCUGUUAACGGCGGGGACAAGAUUAAGGAACUCAUAAAACACGAGCAUGAUUUGGGACGUGGCGCUCAAUUCGAAUUUCUCAAGCCACAACACUCUUUGCACAAUCUACUCCAAGUCUAUGUCAAGCAAUAUGAAGCUGUGAAGAAAGCUAUCUCGGAUUCUACCCACCAAAUACAAGAAGACUUAUCGAACACAUUGAAGGAGGCGGAAAGUGGUAGCUUUGCAAUCUUGACUAAAGCAUAUGAGAGGGCCCUAUAUUUUAAGCAAAACAAAGUACGAAGAAAAAAGCAGGAUGAACAGUUGAAGCAAAAAAGAAUACACUUUGCUCUGAUUGAUUGGCAAGACUUUACUAUUGUUGAAGCAGUGAAAUUUGAUGCAAUUGACGCGGUUAGGGAGUUGAGCGUGCCGUUGAAGAGGGACGAUUUACUAAAACGAUCUCUUACCGAAAGAAACCAGGACUUAAAACUACCCAAAUUCAAACCGGUGACCUCGAGUGUGGAGGAAAAGGGGAACAAUCUUGAGGCUCUCUCACCUGCUGAUCGUCUGGAGGAAUCACCAAUGGAGAAUACAACUCCCCCGCCAUUCAAAGGAAUGAAGAUUAAGGCAGCAGGGACAACCAGAAUAAAGCGCAAUUUUACUGCUGUAGACAGGUCAGGCAAGGUAGUACUGACGUCUGAUUCGACUGACAAGAUAAAGUGUCCAGUGACAGGAAAAUUGAUCCCGGCUGACGACUUUGACAAUCAUUUGCGAAAUAUUUUGAGAGAUCCAUCGUAUAAGCAACAGCAAGAGAACUAUUUGCGCAAAAACUUCAGCUAUGAAUCGAACAUUACUAGUGAUCAGGCAUUUGAAAAUAUUAAGAGAUUGAUGAGAAAGAGACACACAGAGGAGCAUGAUGGUCAACAAGGAAAAGAAUAG